CGUCAUGAUCGUUGGCUCUUUCCCAUGACAUGCCACUUGACAUACUCUAUUCAUGAUAGACUUGAGAAAUGCUCUGUAACAUUGAGGUUGUACAGAAAAAUUGACCGAUUCAUAUUCUAUGCGCUAGAAUAUAUUGCAUUUGCACGUUUCUAUUGUCUUGUUGGUUAAAUUAGUUUACGCGUCUGUGUGCAUUUGAUUCCAUAGUACUGGGGGACUGGAGUGAGUGAGUAGAAGAAUAAUGAAUACAUUAUAUAGUCUAAAAUAUAAAGAUUCCCUGCGCAUUUUAAUACAUGAUAUAGUCUAAAACAUAGAGAUUCCCUGCGCAUUUAAAUGCAUGCAAACGUCCGUAAUACAAUGACAUAAUAACAUAAGUAAACCACAUAUGAUAUUUCAGAAUGGUCUGAAUUUUGGGGUAGUCUUGCCUGUGACGGAUAGAUGUGAUAGAAACACUGUGAACGAGGACUUCAUUACGGUUCAUGCUUCGUUGCUGUAAGAUUUGGCUACCCGUAAACGCCUCUGCCCUUUCUGUGACGUGCAACGUUUAGCGACGCUGGAAAGCAUUUGAGGAGAGGAACAACACGAGUGGACAUCCUUUCAACUUAGAUUUGACUGCAGGAUCUAAAUCUACCAAGGUAUAUCCACAUGCCAUCAGAGAAACUACUGGGGAAUUAAUUCGCACAAUGACAAGAAAAUCCGAAGUUCUUUCGCCUUAUUACGGUGAACCACGCAAGUUUGACUCAACAUUUAAAGGUCCGAUUCACAACAGAAGCUGCACAGAUGUGCUUUGCUGUGUGAUCUUCAUGCUGGUCAUUAUCGGCUACAUUGCACUUGGAAUUGUGGCCUGGCUUCAUGGAGACCCAAGGAAAGUGGUUUACCCGACAGACAGCUCAGGCCAGUUUUGUGGACAGAAGGGGACUGCUAAUGAAAAGAAACCCAUUCUAUUCUAUUUCAACAUCCUGAAAUGUGCCAACCCUGCUGUUCUGGUGAACCUGCAGUGCCCCACCACACAGAUGUGUAUAUCUAAAUGUCCAGACAGAUUUGCAACGUACGCAGACAUGCAGAUUCAGUACCAACUGGAUGGUAAACACUGGGAAUACUACAAACAAUUCUGCAAGCCAGGAUUCAACAACCCCAGAAAGGCUGUGGCCCAUGUGUUGCGAGAUGAGGACUGUCCAUCAAUGAUAGUGCCAAGCAGACCAUUUCUACAGCGCUGCUUUCCAGACUUCAUUACCAAGAAUGGAACACUAACAAUUGGCAACAGAACCGCCUUCCGAGACUCCCCGGAAAAAGCAAGGACUGUGACCGAACUUAAAGAUGCAGCUAAGGGGCUUACCAAUCUACUUGAUAGCAAAGACGUGGGGAUCAAAAUAGUUGAGGACUACGCCAGGUCCUGGUGCUGGAUCUUAAUAGGUCUGGUCAUCGCACUGGUGGUCAGUCUGAUCUUCAUUCUGUUGCUGCGAUUCACUGCCAGGCUCCUCCUCUGGCUGGUCAUCCUCAGUGUCAUAGCCAUGGUGGCUUAUGGGAUCUGGCACUGUUACAGGGAGCUCUCCCUGCUGAGUGAUCAUCCUGGAGCAGACGUGGCCAUCUCAGACAUCGGCUUUCAGACAGAUCUCCAUGUCUACCUACAGCUCAGGCAGACAUGGCUAGUCUUCUUGAUAUCCCUGGGUGUCAUUGAAUCCUUCGUCGUUGUGACCCUGAUCUUCCUGCGGAACAGGGUCCAGAUUGCCAUCGCCCUACUCCAGGAGGGCAGCAAGGCAAUCAGCUACAUGAUGUCAUCUCUCUUCUACCCCAUCGUCACAUUCUGUCUGCUGGCAGUGUGUAUCUCCUACUGGGCUGUGACCGCCGUCUUUUUAGCCUCAUCUGCAGAACCAGUCUACAAAGUGAUGUCAUCACAGCCUAACUGCUUGUAUGCUAAUCGUACUUGUGACCCAGAGAACUUCAAUAGCACCAACAUUACUCAGUUAUGCCCUGGCUCCCAAUGCACGUUCGCCUUCUAUGGAGGAGAAAAUAUAUACCAUCGCUAUAUCUUUGUCCUGCAGCUGAGCAAUCUUCUCAUUUUCUUGUGGCUGGUAAACUUUACUGUUGCCUUGGGCCAGUGCACUAUUGCUGGAGCCUUUGCCUCAUUCUACUGGGCCCAGAGAAAGCCUGCAGACAUCCCUUCUUGCCCAGUGUUCAGCUCGUUUGCCAGGGCCCUUAGGUAUCAUACAGGGUCACUGGCCUUUGGCUCCCUCAUCUUAGCUGUAGUUCAGUUUGUCCGCAUCAUACUGGAAUAUUUGGAACAGAGACUGAAGGGAGUCAAUAACAUGGUGGCCCGGUUCUUGCUGUGUUGCCUUAAGUGCUGUUUCUGGUGCCUGGAGCGGUUCCUCCGUUUCAUGAACCGCAAUGCUUACAUCAUGAUUGCAAUAUAUGGAACAAACUUCUGCACUUCAGCACGUGACGCUUUCUACCUACUGAUGAGAAAUGUGGUGAGGGUGGCAGUACUAGACAAAGUGACGGACUUUCUUCUCUUCUUGGGAAAAUUUUUAAUAGCAGGGAGUAUGGGUAUCCUUGCUUUCCUUUUCUUCACACAUAAAAUACCCAUCAUUCAAGAAGAAGUACCGGUCUUGAAUUAUUAUUGGAUACCUCUGUUGACGGUGAUAUUGGGAUCCUACUUGAUUGCUCACGGAUUCUUCAGUGUCUAUGGAAUGUGUGUGGACACCCUGUUUCUUUGUUUCUUACUAGACCUAGAGAAGAAUGAUGGCAGUCAAGCACAACCCCUCUACAGCAGCAGCUCUCUCAGGAGGAUCCUACACAAGCGUAUGAAGAAGAGGCAUGGGAAGAACUCUUCACGACUAGAACCUCGUUCUGCAACAUGAAAAUGGCAUCAGACAAACCAGUUAUAUUGGAUUCAAGUCCAAAGUGAACAAAAUUAUUCUUAAUUCUAAAUGCUCACGGAUGCUAUUACACGAAAAGUGUUUAAUAACAAGAUGUUAUUCAUGUAGGCUAUUGCUGCAGAAGCUACUGUUUGCAUGUUUGUUUAUGUGCUGCAAAUCUAUAGCAUCUGUCUGUUUAAAAUGUUUGAAAAUGAUGCAACAACAAUUGUGCAGAAAAUGGAUCACUUUGAAACAUUUCAGAUGGAGUAGGCUGUAUUGUGGCUGAUUUUUGCCUCGCCUACAAUUUAAAAAACGCAAAAUCAAAAAGGGAACCAACUUUUGGUGUUUUGAUGUCAUGUACAAUUGAUACAUUGCCCAGUACUUGUGCCACAUUUUAAAGGCCAUGAUAUAAAUUGGUAAUACACAUUUAAAAAAAUUGCAUCCACAAGGAAUGCAACAUUGUAAUUCCAUGCUAGACUGACAGAUUACCUAUUGUACACUUCUAAUACACAUAACACCUUAACUCACACACUUAUAAUAAUAUAUAUGGUUGACAAUGGUGUCAUGGUCGGUGUGAUGAUGAACUCUACUCAUAUCAUGUCUUUCACAUGGAUUUUCAUAAUGUUAUAAUAUUAUUUUAUUAUUAUUUACUUAUUUCCCAUUCAUCUAAUAAAUAUCAUAUUUACUUGA